GGAGCACCACCAAGCAAGCGGCACCAUGAAGACCAAGGAGCUCUCCAAACAGGUGUGACCAUGGGGAAAGCCUUCUCCCUCCUGUCCAUGCAGGAAUGCUACGAUGACUCCCUGACCACCACACAGGAUGAUGAGGGGAAGAGCGAGGACGUGUCCCAGUUCCCCUACAUAGAGUUCACAGGCCGGGACAGCGUCACAUGUCCCAGCUGCCAGGGCACUGGGAGGAUACCUAGAGGCCAAGAGAACCAGCUGGUGGCAUUGAUUCCAUACAGUGACCAGAGACUCAGGCCCAGGAGAACAAAGCUGUAUGUGAUGGCCUCAGUGGCUGUGUGUCUGCUGCUGUCCAGCCUGGCUGUCUUCUUCCUAUUCCCUCGUACCAUAGACGUCUCUUACGGGGGCGUCAAGUCUGUCUUCGUCACCUACGAUGAGGAUAAGAGGAUUGUCUAUCUCAACGUGACGAACACUCUGAAUAUCACCAAUAACAACUACUACAGUGUAGAGGUGUCUAACAUCACCUCCGCAAUAACCGGGGGGGGGGGGGGGGGGAGUACAGCGUCCAGGCAAAAUAUAUACACUCUUUCUCCAUGUUACCUUUUUGAUCAUAACCCUGUGUGUUGUUGUUCCCAGGUUGACUACAUGGUUCCCGCCAUUAUAGCAGAGAUGAGCUACAUGUAUGAUUACUGCACCCUACAGGCCACAAAGGUGCACAACAUUGUGGUUAUGAUGCAGGUGACGGUGACCACAGCGUACUUUGGCCACAUGGAGCAGGUUACUCAGGAGAUGUACCAGUAUGUAGACUGUGGAGGUAACACCACCACCGUGAGGGGGGAGCAGCACAUGGUGUCGAAUGCCCCAAUACCCCCAUACUUGCCCCUCUACCUGACCUAAGCCCGGUCCUGGUGAGGGUCCUUGGAUGCUAGUCUUAGAUCAGGGAUCUAGGAAACCUGCCAAAUCUGGAGAGGAGCUGUGUGUGUGUAGGCUAUUGUUCCAGCCCUUUUCUAACACAGCUGAUCAGCAGGAUAUAGAAUGUUAGAGCAGGGAUAAACGUGUCCACCCAGUAGCUCUCCAGGAGGGGGGUGUGUUUCUCCUUCCUCUUCACCAUCCAUCUACUGAUGAAGACCCCACUGUCAUGCAUUUCUGUGUUAGCUUACCAUUUUGUUGGGAGUAUAUGCCAAAUGUGCAGUUGAGAGGAAAAUACUUGUUUUAAAUGUAUUAACACUACCACAAUGUUUCAGUACCAAACCAUUAUGCACUUUAUUAAUGCAGUUCAAAUUCAUCCCGUCACUGUGACAAUGUAACAUUUCACGAUGCCACUCCCGACUCCUCCAAACCACUUUGAACUGUAAAUGUAUAUGAAGUAAUAACACUAUCCUGUCUAUGGAUGAGGAUAACCUCUGAAAGAGUUCUCUCAGUAAUCUGAUCUCAAAUCAUUAUGAUAGUCAGAGUAGUUGAGCCAACAGAUCUGGGACCAGUCUUCUAUUCUCAAAGUUAAACCUGUUUUAACACAAUAGUGUGUGUUCUCAAGACGUUAAUCUAGUCCAUUUAAAUAUGCUGGUAAAUCACAAUCCCCUAUAUAGCACUACUAGGGCUCUGUCCAAAGGUAGUGUGCUAUAUAGGGUCCUCAAACUCAACUCUGGACCUCGAAGCCAGUUCCAUUGUGGGUUUUCAUUGUUCCCCUCUAGUCAUGGACUGAUUUAGACCUGGGACAACAGGUGGGGUGCAAUUAUCAGGUAGAACAGAGAACCAGCAGGCUCUGGACCUCGUCGGGUUAGAGUUGAAUUCCCCUGAUAUAGGAAAUAAGGUGCCAUUUGAGAUGAAGCCAGAAUGUGGCGUUUCCAGAAUUUCUCAGCUGAUAAUGACCAGGUUCUCCUUUAGCGGGCUCUGUACAAUCUGAAUUUCUCAGCUGAUAAUGACCAGGUUCUCCUUUAGCGGGCUCUGUACAAUCUGAAUUUCUCAGCUGAUAAUGACCAGGUUCUCCUUUAGCGGGCUCUGUACAAUCUGAAUUUCUCAGCUGAUAAUGACCAGGUUCUCCUUUAGCGGGCUCUGUACAAUCUGAAUUUCUCAGCUGAUAAUGACCAGGUUCUCCUUUAGCGGGCUCUGUACAAUCUGAAUUUCUCAGCUGAUAAUGACCAGGUUCUCCUUUAGCGGGCUCUGUACAAUCUGAAUUUCUCAGCUGAUAAUGACCAGGUUCUCCUUUAGCGGGCUCUGUACAAUCUGAAUUUCUCAGCUGAUAAUGACCAGGUUCUCCUUUAGCGGGCUCUGUACAAUCUGAAUUUCUCAGCUGAUAAUGACCAGGUUCUCCUUUAGCGGGCUCUGUACAAUCUGAAUUUCUCAGCUGAUAAUGACCAGGUUCUCCUUUAGCGGGCUCUGUACAAUCUGAAUUUCUCAGCUGAUAAUGACCAGGUUCUCCUUUAGCGGGCUCUGUACAAUCUGAAUUUCUCAGCUGAUAAUGACCAGGUUCUCCUUUAGCGGGCUCUGUACAAUCUGAAUUUCUCAGCUGAUAAUGACCAGGUUCUCCUUUAGCGGGCUCUGUACAAUCUGAAUUUCUCAGCUGAUAAUGACCAGGUUCUCCUUUAGCGGGCUCUGUACAAUCUGAAUUUCUCAGCUGAUAAUGACCAGGUUCUCCUUUAGCGGGCUCUGUACAAUCUGUGAAUUUGGACCAGUUUACUGCGAUCCGUUGUGUGUGUGAUCCGUUAACUUGAAUUGAAAGGCUUAUAUCCCUGAAAUUGAGUAAAUUUUAAGAUAUCAAGUUCCUUCCACCACUCUGUUCCCAAUUGGUAAAAUAUUGAUUGAUUGAUAGUGAUUCCUUAUCAGUAAUUUACUCCUCUGUUUGUGCCCAAGAGGGAGUUGCGUAAUGUUUAGCGAUCCGUACCUACUGCUGAUUUGUAUUUGACCAACUGAAUUUUUACAUUCCAUCGGAUCCAUGAUAUACAUAGAGGAUUUAUUAAUAACCUGCAAGGAACUGCGUUUUGAUCAUUUACUUCCCCGCCUAUCAAACUCAGUUGAGUUUGUAGAACUACCUAGAUUUAAUGAAAACCUGUUUUAAUACAACUUUUGUAAUAUGAACCUUUUUUGAAAUAUGAACUCAAAUGAAUAUAAACUACCCUCUUUCAUUGAUAUAAAUAUACAUUGAAUUAUACAACUGUAAUAUAAACUACCCUCUGUCAUAGAAAAAUAUACCUUGAAUUUCUUAAUGAAUAAUCAAACUGUGUAGUUUGAUGUAAUUAGCAGUUUCCUAGGUUAUCGUAGAGCACGUUUAGUUUUUGUUCCUAAUCAUACACCUUAAUCGUGUAUGGAAGAGUGGUUCAGCUUUCGAUGGAAUGUUAGGAUCGAGUGAAGACUUGAAAUACUAUUGGUACAUCAAGAAGAAGAGUGGUUUUAAUGAUCUGAUGAGAUUGUUCUUUCUGAAUGUCUACUUCUGUGGGGUAGAUACAUUAUUCUGAUUAACAACUAUUUGACAAGAUGUAAAUACAAGCUGUUUUU